CAACGCUGCAUGAAAUUACGUAAAUAUUGUAAAUAAGAUAAAUUAUAAAAAUGGGUGUCCCUAAGUUUUAUCGUUGGAUUAGUGAGCGCUAUCCAUGUCUAAGUGAAGUUGUUCGAGAACACCAAAUUCCAGACUUCGAUAAUUUAUAUUUGGAUAUGAAUGGAAUAAUACAUACCUGUUCUCACCCUAAUGAUGAUGAUCCGCACUUUAGAAUUACUGAAGAAAAGAUAUUUGCUGGAAUUUGCCAUUAUCUGGAUUUUCUUUUCAAAAUGAUUAAGCCAAGGAAAGUAUUUUUCAUGGCUGUUGAUGGUGUUGCUCCAAGAGCUAAAAUGAACCAACAAAGAGGGCGAAGGUUUCGUACUGCCAAAGAAGCUGUAACUCUCGAGCAAAUGGCCAUUGACAGUGGAGAAAUGUUACCGAAAGAAGCUAGGUUCGAUUCUAACUGCAUAACGCCAGGUACAGGUUUCAUGGCAAGGCUUCAUACCAUAUUAAAGAGCUUCGUUGUGUAUAAAAUAUCAACCGACAUUCUGUGGCGAAAUGUGAGAGUAUAUCUUUCUGGACACGAAACUCCUGGUGAAGGGGAGCAUAAAAUAAUGGAUUUCAUAAGGCAUGAAAAAUCCCAACCAAAUUACAACCCAAAUACCAGACAUUGUUUGUAUGGACUUGAUGCUGACUUAAUCAUGCUUGGCCUGUGCUCUCAUGAACCUUAUUUCAGUUUAUUGAGAGAAGAAGUAAAAUUUGGCAGCAAAAAUAACCAGAAAAGGUUAACAUCGCCUGAAGAGACUACAUUUCACUUGCUUCAUAUUUCAUUGUUACGAGAUUACUUAGGCCAUGAGUUUGCUCCUGUCAAAGACAAACUUCAAUUUGAAUUCAAUAUUGAGUAUAUUAUUGAUGAUUUUGUCUUGAUGAGCUUUCUUGUAGGCAAUGAUUUUAUUCCACAUUUGCCACAGCUUCAUAUUCAUCAUGAUGCUUUACCCGUUUUGUUUAGAACUUAUAUUGAUGUACUGCCAAAUUUAAGUGGCUAUAUAAAUGAGCAAGGGCAUUUGAAUUUAGAACGCUUUGAAGCAUUUUUAAAUAAACUUGCUGAGUAUGAUUUUCAGAAGUUUGAAGAAAUUAAUGAUGAUUUCCAGUAUUUGGAAUCUAAAUCAAGAAAAAGUGAAAAAAAUGAAAAUGAUAAAGUUAAAACCUCUAACUUUUUAUCAGAUUUAGGCUUUAGCAAUAUGGCCAUUAGUAAAACUGCCGAGUUUGAUUCCUCAAGCGAAGAUGACGAUUCCGGGGAAGAUGAUGAUGACAGUGAUGAUGAUGCAAAUUCUACUCUGGAACUUGAAUUCAACAUGCACAAAGUUGAUUACUAUACUAGUAAAUUAGAGUUUGACGAAGUUACUCCUGAAGUUAUGCGAGAUCAAGCUGAAGGUUAUGUUCGAGCUAUACAAUGGAACUUGCAUUAUUAUUAUGAUGGUGUUGUCUCUUGGAGUUGGUAUUAUCCUCAUCAUUAUUCACCAUAUAUAUCUGAUAUUAGGAACUUCCAAAAUAUGGAAAUGACAUUUGAAUUGGGCAAACCAUUUUUGCCGUUUCAACAGCUAUUGGCUGUUUUACCAAAACUGAGCAAAGAUCUUCUUCCACUAUCAUAUCAAAAAUUGAUGUGUGACAAAGAUUCACCAUUAAUUGAUUACUAUCCAGAUGACUUUGAAACUGAUUUAAAUGGUAAGCAGCAACCAUGGGAAGCUAUUGUUUUAAUACCAUUCAUUAAUGAAAAGCUAUUGCUUAAAUUUGCUGAAUUAGCUGAUAAAAAUUUGACUGAAGAAGAAAAACUGAGAAAUCGUCAUGGUCCGCAUCUUUUGUACACAUAUACUGAAAAGAGUUUUGGAUCUAUGCCAUCAUUCUUACCUGGAUACUAUCCUGAAGUUAGUAAUAUUCAUGCUGAAGUUCAGACACUUGAACCAGAUUUCUUCAGGUUACCUUCAAAUAAUAUUGUCAAAGGACUCUGUAAAGAUGUUGAUAUGAGUAAGUUCAUUAUCGGUUUCCCUACUUUAAGGACAUUAAAGCAUACAGCUCAUUUGAAAAACGAACGAGUUAGAGUGUUUCAAAUGGUUAGUCAAAAAUUAAACAUGAUGUUAACGUUGAUGGAACCUGUUGAAAAUGACAUAAGCAAAGUUGCAGACAAAAUUCUUGGUAAAAGUAUUCUUGUUUCCUGGCCUCAUUUAAGAGAAGCAAUGGUAUGUGCAGUAUCCAAUGGAAAACUUCGUAUUUCUCUUAGAAAAAAUGAAGAUUCUAGUUUAAAAGUUACAGAAGAUGAAUUGAACUCAAGAGAACAAGAUAUUUGGACAAAGCAAGUUGAAAGUUUUGAGGAACAUUACCGGGAACGAUGGGGCAUUUAUUCAGGUGAUGUAGACAUUCUUGUGUCUGUGAAGUGUUUAAGUGGUGUGAAGUUUGUUCUUUCCAACAAAGAUGGUAAAGUAGUUGAAGAAAAAAUUUGGGAAAAUUCUCUAAGCCAGUUUGCUCUUCAAGCAACUGUUUGGGACCUCAGUGCUUUUCAGUUUAAAGUGGAUAAGAGUACUGAAACAAGAUGUUUAUUUCCUGGUCUUACUGUUUUUAUUCUUUCUCCUAUUUAUUAUGGCUGCAUGGGUACUGUCUUUGAUUGUGAUGUAACUAAAAAUAAGGGCUUUGUAGUGGUAGAUGUUGAAUUAACAUCUGAACCAGAUUUGCAAUCAGUCAUACACAAUGAAGAAGAGUUAAAAUCAGAACAAUAUAUGCCAAGUUACAUUGCAGCCCAACAGUUAGGUUUAGACUCACAUUUUAUUUCACGCUUAACUGGCACAUUCUUAAUUCAGACAACUCCCAAAGGAAGUACCAAGCCCAAUUGUGUUAAUAUUGGGUUGAAUUUGAAAUUUAACCGUAAAAAUGAAGAGGUACAAGGAUUUUCCAAAAAGAAAGAUAAUCACUGGCUGUAUUCAGCUGAAGCUGUAAAAACUUUAAAUUUAUAUCUGUCCCUAUUUGCAGAGUUCUUUGAAAAACUUUAUAGACACAAAAAUGAUGAUGUUGUUUACUUGGAAGAUAUAUAUCCUGAUGGUGAUGGACAAAAAGUUGUUGAAAAUAUGUCCAACUGGUUGAAAUCUCAAUCCUGUUCUUUAGCAGAUCGCCAGCAGUGUGGUAUGGAAAUGCUAGAUGUUGGAGUUGUUGCGGCCAUAGAUCGAAAAGUUCAAGCAAUAGCAAAAGAUGAUGUGUACCAUCUAAAGAAAAAUAUAUUGCCUAGUCAACUAUUUAGUCCUUUCCUUUGUAAGGGUGUUCAUAUGCCUGAUCCUACGACAUCAUUUUAUUUAUUUGACAGAGUUAUUAACGUGUCUAAUACCACCAGUGUUCCACUUGGCCUAAAAGGAACUAUUAUUGGAAUUAGACCAGGUGACAAAGAAUCUAAUUUUCGUUACCAAGUUUUGUUCGAUAAAGAGUUUAUGGGGGGAGUCUCUAUGCUAGGUUCUGCUCCAAAGUGCAGCUCAAUGUCUCCUCAUGCUCUUAUUAAUUUAUCUCAUAGUGAUCGACUUAAGAAAAAAUAUUCUCCUGUAAAAACUCCAAAGCAUGUUAUACCAAGACUAAAUCGAACAAAUUUGUUUGAUUCUGCUCUUAAGCAAUUGCAAACUGGUAACUCUGUUUCACCUGUACAUGUACUUCAGAAUAAAACUGUUGGCUCAAAUGUUCUUCCGAGCCCUCCAUUUUAUAAAGCAAAUGUUGAUAUUUUUAGUACUCAGUAUCAGCAAUGCAUAAAUCAAAGAUUCCCUGCUCCUACUGUCUCACCUAACAACCAACAGUUUGUUACCCCAAAAGCAUCUCAUGCGAACAGCAAAAUUUUUGAGAGGAACGCACCUAACAAUCAGACUGAUUAUCAGUCCUUGUGGUCCGACUUAAAAAAGGGGCCUGCAGAAAGUUCUCCAAAGUCCUCUGAACAUCCAAUAUAUGGGAAACAAGUUUCUGUUGAAGAACUAUUUCAAGGGGCAAGAAAUAACAAAGAUGUACCCAAGCAGCAGGCAGUAAAUAUUGACAAUAGAUUGCCUGCUAGCAAUUCAUAUCAAGCAAUUGAUGCACUGCUCCAAUAUUGCAUCGAGAAGUUUGGCGAACCGCCUUUAUAUACAUAUAGUAAUUACGGUAGCAUGGAUAUGUUUGUCGCUAUUUUAAAGCUUCCUAAUGGUCAAAAAAUAGCAAGCAUACCAUGUCUACACAAACCUGAUGCUGCUUCAAAUGCAGCAGAGAAAGCUUUAGCUGUUCUAAAUAUCAAACAAAAUUUCUAUAAUACUAACAUUUGUGACAAUGUGAUGAACUUACCACCGCCUGCACAAAAUACUUUUCAAAAUCAACCAAUGCUUUUCAUUCCUAAUACGAAAUUUCCACCUCCUCCUCAUGCUUUCCCACCUUUUAGACCACCCUCUUUUGACCAACCACUCAUACGCAAUCCUAUACCCCUCCAUUUGAAUCACAUGCCAGAUGCUUUCAUAAGGACCCCUCAAGCAACACCUAAUCUGGACGUUCUUUCACCUAGCACUGGUCAUCAAAAUAUUCCAUCUCAAGCAAGCAAUUCUCUUUCAGAGAGGGAAAUAUUUCACCUUCCUGGUGGUGGUACUUUUACAGUAAAAAACAGCUUAAAACCGUGUGAUACUUCGAACUCUAAUUUAUUUGUUCCUACUCAAGUGAGAAAGAAGGAGGCAUUGAAGUUACAUGACUCUUUUGAAUUGUCUCCAGAAGACUGGCCCGAUUUACCUGUGAAAAAAACUGAUAAUGAUCAGUUUCCAUCUUCAUCAAACAUUUCUUUCUCAAGUAAAGUAUCCAGUGAACCUGCUAACUCUUACCUUAAAAACUCAGCACUUUCUUCCCCGAUGAAUAUUGCGGCGAAUAAAAAUGACUCUUCCAAACUAACUGUUCUAAAACCUAAAGCAAAAAGUAGGCUUGCUGCUAACUUCCAGAAUCCAUGAGUAUGACAAAGAAAAAUAGCAAAAUUAAAAUGAUCCACAUUUUUUUAAAAAAAAUGUGAUGAAAUCAUAGGUGAUAUCUGUGUAACCAGUGGAAUUUUGAAUGCAGCUCCUUUUUAAUUUAUUCUUUGACAAAUGACUUGGUUCACGACUAAGAACUGACUGAUCAAUGAUCAUGUUUAUUUUGCUUCAUUUUAGGAGUGUGCAAGCCUUCCUGCCAACUGAUGAAUUGUUUUUAUUUGUAUAAUAGAAAACAAUUUUAAGAAAAUUAAACAUUGUUGCAUGCAUUUUAAUGUUUUAAGCGAAAUGUAAAUUUUUAUAGUUAGUAACAUGUUCUAUCUGCAAUAACGUUAUUUUUAACGAGUUACAUGCAUUUAUUGACCCUGUACUUUUCUAAGAUAAAUCUUGAUUAAUCAAUUGAAGAGAAAAGUAUAUUGAAUUUUAAGAUAAAAGCAAGUUGUAAAUUCAUCAUGGGCUGACAUUUUUGUGAAUAUUCUCUAUUAAAAGAAAUAUCUUAGGAGCAAUCAAACAGUUAAUUUUUAUUUCUUAACUAACUAGAUAUUUUUGUAUCUUUUACUUUUCUUAUUUGCUGCAUUUGUUAUUACUUUUUCCCAUACAAGGUUUUAUAUGUUGAAAAAACUUAAGUAUAAUUCUCUUUUUGAAUAUCCAGUUAAUUUUUUUUGGUACUGCAUGUUUUCAAAUAUCACCAAAAUCAUUGACCCAAAUUUGAUCCAUACUUUCAAAUCAAUUUUAAAUACAUC